UUAAUAAAUUAAGAUUUAAGGAAAACCCAUCUCCCUCCCUCUCUCUCUCUCUCUCCUUCAGCUCAUUAUAUAAUGGCCACAGAGGUUCAACACCAUCAUCAUCAACAACAACAGCUAGACCGUGUUGGUGGUACUAGUGGUGGUGUUGAAUGGAGUGGCGGUACGCCCAUAACUGAUGCUGGUUUUGGUGGUGUUGAUGGUUGUUAUGUCACCACUUCAGUCGGCCUAGCCCAUCCUGGCCGAAACAUCCCAGUCACGCUCGAUCUCUUCCAUUCUAAGCUUGCUUCUUCCUCGGUUGAAUUACAGAAGCCUUCUCCUCCUCUUCCUUUAGGUUGGCAGAAGUUGCUUGACCCCAAGACCGGCGUCAUCUGCUACACCAGCAAGGACACCCAAAGCCAUUCGAUCGCAGAGGCAGCCAUGAGCCGCAACGGGAAGAGCCCAAAGCUAGACUUGAAGCUGAACCUGUCACCACCAAGAGCCAAUCCGCAAGUUGAAUCGCCUGACCGGUCAUCAUCUCCGUCUCCACCAAGCUCCUGUGUGUCAUCGGAGCAGAGUCCAGAACAGACCCACCGCAAUUCCAACAGUCCUGAAGCGACCUCAAUGGUAUUGGUUGGUUGCCCUCGUUGUCUCAUGUACGUUAUGUUGUCGGAAGACGACCCCAAGUGCCCGAAAUGCAAGAGCACCGUUUUGUUGGAUUUCCUUAACGAUAACAACAACAGCGGCAGUAGCAGUAAGAAUACCAAAAAGACAAGGAAGAACUAGUAUUCUACCUCUGUUAUUAGUUAUCACUAGUCCCUAUAGUCUCUCUCUCUCUCCCCACGGCCGGCUUCUACUUUUUUUCUUUUUCUUGUUUUACUCACGAUCUAACCAUGGAAUAUCGGCAAUAUCAAUAUAGAUAGUGUUCUACUUAGUUCUGCUUCUCUCCCACUUUGGCUGAAGAUAAUGUAAAUGGGUUAACUGCAACUGCCCAGACUUUCUCAUCA